CUGAAGAAUUCUCGUUGAUCUUCCGAAAAUGAGUCGUCAUCCUACGGUGAAGUGGGCGCAAAGGUCGGAUAAGGUUUACAUAACGGUGGAGUUGCCAGACGCUGAAGAUGUAAAGCUCAAGCUUGAGCCACAAGGCAAGUUCUUUUUCUCUGCUACGAGUGGAGCAAGCAAGACACAGUACGAAGUGGACCUUGAUCUGUUCGACAGUGUUGAUGUCAAUGAGAGCAAAGCGAGUGUGAGCUCGAGGUGUGUAUGUUACAUGGUGAAGAAAGCUGAGAGCAAGUGGUGGAACAGGUUGAUUAAGCAGGAAGGGAAACCUCCUGUGUACUUGAAAGUUGAUUGGGAUAAAUGGGUUGAUGAAGACGAAGAAGUCAAAGGUGGAGAAGCGGAUAUGGACUUUGGAGAUUUUGAUUUCAAUAGUCUGAAUAUGGGAGACAGUGAGGACAUUGGAGACGGAGAAGAGGAUAUUGAUCUGGAGGGUGAAACUGUGGCAGAGACUAAAGAAACUAAGAACAUUGUGGAACAAGUUCAAGGAGAGAAAGAUGAAGAAGCAACAGAUGUGAAGAAGGAUUGAGUUUUGUGUUAUUCUAAGAUCUCUCUCUCAUGUUUUAUUCUCAGAAAAAAAAACAUUUCUCUCAUGCUAUUUUAGCUUGAAAUGGUUUGUAAUGGUAUGAAGGGUAUGUCUUAAAUGAACCUUUCUCUUAAUUACACUUGGAUUUUACAGAGUCAACCUUGCCAACUCUCACGAAUAGAUCCAUAACCGAAUAAAU